AUGAAGUUUGUAUUCAACCUUGCCUGGCUGUCGCUUGCUGCCGCCGCGACUAUUCGCAGCUCGCAGCCAGUUACCUACGAUGGCUACCAGGUCCACCGCAUCCGGGCCGUUGGCCAAGAGGGCGUGAUGGCAAAGCGUGCAAUGGAGUCGAUCCCUCACGAGACGCUCAAUGAAGCUCGGGGUUCCUGGGACGUGCUCAUUGCACCAGACCAACUCGAUGCCUUCAAGCGCCUCGGGUUGAAGUCGCGAACUCUACACCAGGACUUGGCAUCUUCCAUUGCUCGUGAGCGUCAAGUCAAGAACGUCUGGAAGAGGCAAUCAAACGGCUCUGAAGAUGCCUGGUUCGACAGCUACCACCCUUAUGAAGAUCACGUCACUUGGUGGAAGGAUCUCCAGGCCACUUUCUCCGAGCAGUCAAACUGGACGAGCAGUGGAAAGUCCUACGAGGGACGCGACCUGUUCGGUGUCCAUCUCUGGGGAGCAGGUGGCCCUGGAAAGCCCGCAGUCAUCUACCACGGCACUGUACACGCCCGUGAAUGGAUCGUCGCUCCAACCAUCGAGUACAUCACAAAGCAGCUCAUUGAUGGAUACAAGGCCGGAGACAACGACACGAAGACAAUCCUCGACAAAUACGACUUCUACAUCUUUCCCUUUGUCAAUCCUGAUGGUUUCGUCUUCUCCCAGACCGACGACCGUCUCUGGCGCAAGAACCGCCAACCCCCACCCGCCAACCAAAACCAAACCUGCUUCGGCCGCGACAUCAACCGCAACUGGGAAACAAACUGGGACGCCGACCCACGCGGCGCCUCGCCAGACGCCUGCCAACAAGUGUACCGCGGCGAAAAACCCCGCGACGCCCCCGAAAACGAAGGGCUCGACAACUUCAUCCGCAAAGUGCGCGACCAGCAAGGUAUCACGCUCUACAUCGACUGGCACAGCUACUCACAGCUCAUCCUCUUCCCCUUUGGCCACAAAGAAACGCUCUACGCACCCGAACUCGGCAUGUGGACCAAGACAGCCUCCCUCAUGAGCGAGUACAUUCGCGAUUCCUCAAAGAACGAUACUACGUACCUGUUUGGUCCCAGCGGCGCUACUUUGUACCCGACGACGGGCGCCUCGAUUGAUCACGUGUAUACGAUUGGGCGCGCCAAGUUCUCGUUUACCAUCGAGUUGCCUGAUACCGGUGACUUUGGGUUUGUGCUGCCGCCCGAGAGGAUCAGGCCGGCGGUUGAGGAGCAGUGGGUUGGACAGCAGGUUCUGCUGGCCCUCCUGGAUGAACCGUUUUUUGACGGUGCGGGCCCUGCCAUUGGAAGUAGUACGUGGUAA